AUGGUCCUUGUCUCAGCGACGUCUUGGGACGAUUCUUCGGGCAGAAUGACAUCUCUGUCCGCCAUGUUAGCUGAAAAAGGCUUUACUUGUGUUCAAACUGAUUUGAAAAUUUCUGACUGUUCCAUGAACGAUGCGCAGGCAAUUAUGAAAAGCUUUGAAUCUGAGCUCUCGUCCAUGAUUCGCCUAGCUGCCAUCCCUUUUCCACCUGUUAUAAUCGCCCGGGGGGCAGCAUGUGUAGUUGCACAGACAUACAUUUCCUCUCAUCCAGCUUCUGGAAUGAUUUUGCUCUCCCCACCUGCAUCGAACGCCGAACUAGUGGAGAGUUGUAAACUCCCGACGCCCUUAACAGAGUUCAACUUUGAACCUAAUUUCCCAAUUGCUAUCAUUGGCUCUCCUGCAGAAGUAAAACACCUGCGCAAGAACAACAGAAUAUGCCAAAGUCAAAAUGUUGAUAUUAUUUCCGUCGAAGACAUGGACGAAUCCCAGAUAUUUUUUGAGAUAGACCUUUGGCUGGACAAGUGCGGGAUGUAG